GCCACCAUUAACCGAUAGGAUUACAAAAACAGAAACAGGUUUUUCAGAAUAUAUAUUCCCUACUAGAAUACAAAACCAAUUUGAAAUGGAGCCAAUAUCACAGCUAGUUAAAUCCACUUUACCCAAUUAUUUAUCAAAUCUUCCGAUUCCUGAUAGCGUUGGCGGCUGGUUUAAGCUUUCCUUCAAGGAUUGGCUAGCCCUUAUCCCGCCCACCGUUGUGGUGGCCGGCUUGGGUUACACCGGUUAUCUGGCUUUUUGUCCGGCUGCAAAGGCCAAGUGCUUGGCCAAAAGCAGCGGGCGAUGCAACCACCAAAUCCGGAAACAUGAGCCCAAGGUGGUGGAUAUGAUCGAUGUGGAGGAUAUUGCGGAGAAGGCAGCUUUCUGUCGAUGCUGGAAGACCAAGAAUUGGCCCUAUUGCGAUGGUAGCCAUGGCGAGCACAACAAGCUGACUGGUGACAACGUUGGACCUGUAGUGGUGAAGAAGUAAAUUCCAGCGAUGCAUCGAUUUAAAACACCUCUAGCAUUUCCUUGUUAAAAUUCUCUUGGAGCUUCUGUUUGCUUUUAAAACCAAGAUUAAUGGUUGACCUUCUUCGAAACACUUAUACACUUUCAGAACCCCUUGUAAUCGUAAGCAAUAAUUGAUGAUAUUAAUGGAUGGAGUUAAAAGAAGCCAAUAAAAUUGCCCAAAAAACAUCGAAAA